AUGACACUUAAACACCAGGAUCUAUUUAAUGCAUCCUCACCAUCAGGAUUUCUCCUUUUGGAAUUCUCAACAGUUCGUGAGCUGCAGAUUCUGCACUUCAUCGGAUUCCUGGUGUUUUACCUGGCAACAGUUACAGGGAAUCUUCUCAUCGUCUGUGCGGUUGCCUCUGACCAGCACUUAUACACCCCCAUGUACUUCUUUGUGAUGAAUUUGGCCAUCCAGGAUGUGGGACAAGUGUCCGUUGUUUUCCCCAAAGCAAUGGCCAAUUCCCUCAUGAACCGCAGGCACAUUUCCUACUCUGGGUGUGUGGCUCAAGUGCUUCUGCUUGUCUUCUUUGCAGCGUGUGAUUUCUCUCUCAUCACCGUCAUGGCGUACGAUCGGUAUGUUGCCAUUUGCAGUCCAUUACAAUAUGAGAAGCUGAUGAACAAGCAGGCCUGCAUUCAAAUGGUUACUGCUGUAUGGAUCACUGGAUUUGUCUAUGGAGUGCUGCAUACCACAGGUACCUUUGCAGCACCCCUUUGCUCCAACGUCAUCGAUCAGUUUUUCUGUGAAAUCCCAGCAUUACUUAGGCUUGCCUGCUCUGACCUGUACUUGCUUGAAAUUGGUUUUAUUAUCCUCAGCACUUUUAUUGGAUUUGGCUGCUUUAUUUUCAUUGUUGUGACUUAUGUCCACAUCUUCAGUGCAGUGAUGAAAAUCCCCUCUGUGCAGGGAAAGAAGAAAGCUUUCUCAACAUGCCUUCCCCACCUCAUUGUUUUCUCCAUAUUUAUAAUCACAGGAUAUUUUGCUUAUAUCAAGCCCCCUUCUAAUUCUGCUUCAGGUCUGGAGUUUGCCUUUACUAUGGUGUAUAUGAUGGUCCCACCCCUGAUGAAUCCCAUAAUCUACAGCUUGAGGAACAAAGAGAUAAAGCUUGCAUUGUCAAAACGAUUGAGUUUUAAAUUGAAGUAG